CUUCACUGGGGAGUUUAACCAGCCUUCAAGCAAACCCGCUGCCGGAUCCUGUGCGUUUCCAAGCCCAGCAGCAGAGCCGCCUGUGGUCCUCAGCCGCGAGCAGGAGGAAGGUCCCCUGGGCUGGGCAGAAGGAACAUGAGCAGGACACGUGGAGAAUCUCUCGUCUGGGUUGUCUCCUACCUCUGCCUGGGGGCGCUGGGCUCCCUGACGGAUGCCAAAGGGACCUAUUACCACGCCCCGGCCCCCGUCUCCUACAGCAACCGCUACAGCCUCUAUACCUCCGGAUCUAGCCCGCAGCUCAGCCCCGGGAAGCCCACGGCGAAGCACAGGAGCUACUGUGCCUACGUGGUGCAGAGAAAUGUGACGUGCACCCUGCAGGACGGGGUGGAGAGCUACGUGAAGGCAGAGUAUCACAAGUGCAGCUGGGGGCCCAAGUGCCCAGGGAAAGUCCUGUACCGCACCUUCUUCAGGCCCAAAUACAAGAUUGGCUACAAGACUGUGACUGAGCUGGCAUGGAGGUGCUGCCCAGGACUCAUGGGAGAAGGGUGCCAUGACAGCCCCACCGAUCAACCAGGCCUGUUACCUCAGAGACCCAGCCCUAAGAUUCCUCCUGGCCACAAGAUGUUUCCAGGCCCCAGAGUUCCUCCUCAUCCCCAAAUCCACCCCGAACCAUUUCCAAGUCCAAAGAAGAACCAUUAUGGCAGAAAGAUGCCUGGCCUCUUUGGAGACAGGCUGGACCAUCUGGAAGAGGAGGUCAGGCGCCUCUCGCAGUCCUACGACAGCCUGCACAACAUGGUGAGCGGGCUGGGGGACCGCCUGCGUCUGGCCAUCCAGGAGGACACCAACAAGAUGAUCGGGUCCCUGAUGAACAGCCCAAGCGUGCCCGACUCCACGGUGGGUUUUGGGGUCAUUCCUGAUGGGAUUGUGGAUGUGGCUGACAAAGCAGACAUCGCCACCUACCCACCCAUGGGCGAGAUCCUGGCCAAGGUGACCGAGGUGAGCGACGUGCUGAAGACCAAGACAGAUUUGCUGGACGAGGUGCAUGGCCGGGUCCUGGACCAUGAUGGGCAGAUCAAGCACCUGCUGGAAUCAGCUAGGCCAUCACCCCUCACCUCCAUUGACAUGUUGGAGGAGUACGUCGACACCCGGCUGAGCAACCUGCGAGCAGAGCUUCUGGACGGCUUCGAGAAGAAGCUGGUGAAAAUCCAGAGUAGCUGCGACUUCAGGAUUAAGGAGGUGCAGCAGCAGUGCGAGGAGGAGAAAGCGGCCAACUUGCGGCUACAGCAGACCCUGGAUGGCAAGGAACUGGAAAUCAAGAAGGAGAUCUCUCAGCUGGAGACCCAGAUCCAAGGGUUGACAGUGGUGGAGAGCUGCUGCAGCAACCUGAACUACCUCACCGAGCGCAUGGACAUCCUGGAGAAGGGCCUGCACAGCAUCUCGGACUCCCAGAAGAACCUGCACUCGCAGCUCAAUGGUGAGUUCUCCACCAUCACGCUAGGGAGCCUCAUUGAAGGGCGCUUGGAGGACCUGGAGUCAAGGUUCAAUGCCACAGAGAGAGAGACUGGCAGCUGCUGCUCCAGUUUGGAGGAUAGCAUGAUGGGCAUGGUGGGGUCAGAGCUGGAUGGCGUAAGGACCUUGUUUGAGGACAAAAUGAGGACCUUGGAGGACAGGUUCAUGACCAUUGUAGGCGAGCUGAACAACGUCAGUGCCCCAGCAGGUGUGGAUGGCGCCAUGAUGCCCUUCCUAGAAGGGGAGCUUGCCAAUAUGAGGAAGCAGACAGAUGAGAGGCUGGAGGGGCUGCAGAGCCGGCUCAUCACCCUGGAGAGCACCUGCUUACUGGGCUGCACGUCUGCUUCCAAAGACGUGGAGACUUUCCGGACAGAAAUAGAAGACUGCCAGAGCAAGAACCAGGACCUGCUGCUCAGAAUGGAUAGUAACAACGACCUCCUGCGCAAGCUGAACGCCACCAUCCUGGAUAUCCAGCGGCGCAUCGAGGAGGAGGCAGCCAGCUCUCUACAAGGUGAGAUCACCCUUCUCAAGAUCAACCUAAACACGGUGAGCAAGUCCCUGACGGGGCUCCAGGACUCCGUCUCCCAGUACUCCAACACCAUGCUGCACGUCAACUCUUCGCUGGAUGAGCAUGAGCGCAAGAUAGAGGACGAGGUCCACUCCCUUCAGGAGAAGGUGAGCGACCAAGGCUCACAGCUCAUCUUCAGUGGCAGGCGCGUCCUCAACCUGAAGGGCGACCUGGAGAGACUCAAAGCCAGGAUCAUGAAUGACCUUGGCCACUGCAAGAGUGCCGCCCAGGACCUGCAGAAGGAGGUCGCCCAGUUUGACGGCCGGGUGGCCCAGGUGGAAAACAUGUGCGGCAGGCUUGGGGCUGUGACCGGGAGCCUGGACCUCAUCCGGGAUGAGCUGGAAAAGCACACGGGCAGCCUGUGGGGCUACAUGGACCACAUGAAUGGGACCGUGGCUGCCCACUCUCAGGAAAUAACUGUGCUGAAGGACAACCUGCUGGACUGCCAGGCCAAAGUGAUGGAGCUGGCCGAACAGGUCUCCCACUUGGAAGGUGCCUCAGAAAGGAAGCAGCAUUAGCUAUACUGAAACCCACCUGUCUUUAUCCUUGAAGAACAGAAUUAACUUAUAUCACACAGACUCUACUGUGACAUUGGGGUUUUUUAAUGUAAAUGAAAAGCUGCUAUCCCUUCUCCCAGCUCUGUGUUUUAACUUGUUUUUGCCUGAGAAAAAGUGAAAUCCUACAGCCCAAGUUGUCCCUUCGCCAUUAUUGGACUGGACUGGAAAUGACUUCCUUCUAGACACGUAGCAGCGAGGUGCCUGGCUGCAGCUGGGCGGGUACUACGUCGCUAUGACCCAGGAAUGACCAUUCAGGACCAAGCUCAAGGCAGAAUCCUCUUGGUGGAUGGAGUGAUUCUCAAGGAAUAAAGCUCUGUAUUUGUAAGUCGGGAAUGGACGAACUCUGUUCCUAAAGGGUCACGUGCAACUUCCCCACGGGGGCAAAGAGACAAUCAAGUACCCCCCAUCACAAGGCCCAUCAGGGGACAUUUGGAUUUUAACAGGGAAAGCCUUCUAGCAUGUACCCCUCUUUGACAGGGUUUCCAUUCUAUUCACAUUUCCCACUUGUCCUACACACACACCCGCUUCCCCCCACACUCCUUUUGACAGUUAGCAUAGGGGGAUAUGUAUUAAGACAUGUCUGUUCACAGCCUUCUUCCUCCUCCCUACUCCUGAUUGCAAUGUCCUCUGUCAGCUUCCUCCACCCUGCCUGUUGUGCUAUGGAUCAUACAACAUGCCCGGUUGGACUCUUUUUAGCAUGGCAUUUUGAGGGGAGACCAUUUUAGGACCAUACCAAGCCUGAACUGAAGGUUCUGAGGGUGCCUGUGUGUUUGCAGGCCAAACAAAUUGAACCCAACCCUUUGCUUGUUGCCUACAUCAUGUUGGAACCUAGGUCUUGGAAGAUGAAGCGUCUGGGCAUUACGCCACAGUCCUGGGGAGUGAUUUAAGCAAUAACAGGGGAGUGGAUUGAUGCAGGUGGCUUUACUGCCCAAGAUGCCGCAGAUGUAGGUUUAGAGGAGUAGGAUUUAUCUGUUCCCAGGCUACACAGGGCAAGGCGUGUUUGUGUCCACUACCCCCUCAUCACACAGACAGCAGCAGGCAACCGGGAUCACAUCCACUUCACACACCAUAGGGCCCCUGAAGCCCUCCUUGGCUAUGUGACUUCCCUAAAAAGGGACAGAGGCAGGAGGCAAAGCAGGGCAAGUCUCUUACAGCGCCUUUGAAAGAGGAACUCUUCCUAGUGUGGGACAGAGGAGGGAAAUCAAGGGAAACUCAAAUCAGCAGCCCCCUUUGGGCGAUCUCAGCAUUGCAGCUGGGUCCGAUGAGGCACAAAGGAGCCCAGUGCAGUGUCUGAGAGCUUGGAGUAGUUCUGGUGAGUUUAGCACUGCGGAUUCACCCUACUGUGGAACCAGGAAGUGACGGGGUCUCUGCUCCUAGGUCUGGGCCAUUUCAUGUCACUGGCAUGUGUGUGACAUAAGACAAUUUUAUUCUGGUUCUAAGAACAGGAGUUCCUCUGCCACAGGCUGUAGCCCAAGAAACAAGGGAAAGGUUCAACUCUGGUUUCAGGUGGGACUGAUGGCCUGGCUGGAAUGAGCAGACGUGCCCUUGGCUCAGACAGCAGUGACAGAGAGGACACAACCCAGCACCCCCAUUGGAGUCCACACAGACAUGGCCAGGGCUGCUUGGCUAAGUUGGACUUAGUCACCACGAAAAGGAAAUGGAGUCUCUAUUUCCGAUACAUUGGCACUUCAGCAUGGUCUGCUUCAGUUCUCUGCACCUGCUGCCGUGGCAGCCCUGCCCACUCCCUCCUCUUUUCUCCCCCGUGCUUCCACUCAUUUUCAGUCAGUUAGUCUCAUCCGCUUCCUUCUAGUACCACAUUUCUCCCGUGGCCCAUCACACCAGAGCACAAGUCCAGGGGGAAACAGGGCUCUGAAGAAAGCUUGCCUUUGCACCAUUUCCCCAUUAAGCACGUGGUAAAUGCUUGCCCCAGAGAGCACAUGGAAACAUCCUCAUGUAAUACAGCUUUUAUGAAAGCCCCAGCCUGGGAGGGGAAAGCAUUUCCCUUUUAAGCUGAAGAGCUGGGGAUGCAGCAUGCUGUCCACCUCUGGGCAGAAUAAAUUUUGUUGUGUGCACCAAGGGAAGUGCAGAUAUGCACCACCAGGAGAAACAUGCUACCAGCUUUGGGUAGCUGUGGACACUCUGCUAACAAGCUGGGUGGUACCUGGAUCGCUGCUGGGUGACUGCCGAAGCAGCUGGCUUACAGGGAACACUGCUACAGAGCUCAGUGGUGGAGGCAGGGUAGGAGCACACAUCAAGGCUGCCCACUGAGACCAUCUGACAUGCUCUCCAGCACAAAGCCCUAGCUUCUCCACCCUUUAGAGGCUGGGCUUUCCAGGCUGCAUGAGAUAAGGUGUGGACACAGCAAGGACAGCUCUAAGCACAGGUAAGAUGUCUCUCCCCGGGGUGGGAGAGAGGCCCUAGAACAGCGUUUCUUACACUGUGUUCCACAGCACACUGGUGUGCCACGGAGAACAACAGAAUUCAAAAUGGCCAUCCUUAAAGGAGAAGGUGACUUUUUUUUUUGCUCAACAAAAAAUCCUUCAUGUUCCUCAUUAAAAAAAAUUGUUUGGUGUUCCCCGCUCUUAAAAAGUGUAAGAAACGCUGCCCUAGAGCAAAGCUAGACCAUCUCCUUGACACCCCAGAAAACCCCUCUUGCAACCUGGGGCUACACUUCACUUCUUUGGGCUGAGGCACUUAACUGCACUGCUUCUUGCCUCCAGAGAGCCCUCUGCAGCAGGGGCAAGUGUUCUGUGGCCAAAGCCAGCUUCAUAGUCGCUUCAAGUAGGGACCCCUAAGUGAGCAGUUAAGAGGAAGAUAAACUGGAGAGCUGGAAAUGUGGUUUCUCUCUAGCCCGUGUGAUUUUAAAAUGGGGAGCUCCCUGGCACGCAGAGGAAUGUAGGCUGUUCGAACACACCUGUGCAGGAUGAUUGGUUGGGGGGGAGGGGAGAGAAAGGUUGCUCUUUCAGAAAUGGUGCUAUGUGUGACCUCCUCUCUCACCCCUCACUUGAAUGUGCUGACCGUUUUUAUGUCUGCUCCAAGACACUCACAUUUAAAAGCUAAAUCAGGUGGGGUUUUAAAUGGGCAGUUGCUGCUUUCGAAGAAGGAAUUGGGAGCAUGCCUUCACUCAAUAUUGUGGGGGUGGUUGUAGGGGCAGUGCUGAAACCGACUUCAGAGGCCAUUUGGAAUUGUUUUGAAAAAAACUUUGUACAGUUGAUCAGAUGUUAAGGGCAGUUUGUACUGAGAACAAAAAAAAAAAUUAAACUUCAUGCCGAGGUUUCUGGUA